CUAGUGCUCUAGGGUUUCGCAGAGGGGCGGGGUUUCUGGUAAACCCCCUAGCUCGAUCCACCUCCACUGUAUCGGCUCCAUCGUCGCCUCUCGUCGCAUUCGAAGAUCAAUUCCUCGGUCGUCGGAGCAAGCCGAUUCUGUCCUCUCCGGCGAGUUGCAGCGAAGAUGGUGCGCCCCAAGGCUCCGUCGAAGAAGCAGCAGAAGAAGGGCAUCGACUUCAAAAAAAUCAAGCGCAAGGUCGGGAGGAAGCUGCCGCCGGCUAAGAAUGCUACGAACACCGAGAUCAAAUCCAAAGCAAUCGUUCUUCCCGAGCAAAGCGUGGCGUCGGAUAGGGCGGGGUUAGCUGUGAACAAGAAAGGUCUGACUUUGAAGGAGCUUCUCCAGCAGACGUCCCACCACAAUCCGAAAGUUCGUCGGGAUGCGUUGAUGGGCAUAAAAGAUUUAUUCCUGAAGCAUCCUGAUGAGUUGAGGCUACACAUGUAUGCUGUUAUAGAGAAAUUGCGCGAGCGAAUUGGUGAUGAUGAUAAGUUGGUUAGAGAGGCACUGUAUCAACUUUUUAAGUCUGUAAUAUUUCCCAGUUGUAAAGAGUUGACAUCGCAGGGCAAUCAAGGGCCUUUCGUUUCUCUCAUGAUGGCGUAUAUUUUCAAUGCAAUGACACAUCUGGCAGUAGAUGUGCGGUUGAUGGCUUUCAGAUUUCUUGGCCUCGUUGUUCUGCACUAUCCCCCAACGUUUCUUUUGUAUGCUGAGAAGAUUCUGCAAAACUAUGAGGAUAUACUUUGUAAGCAUCAACUUUUUGCCCAAGAUAGGAGCAAGCUGAAGACUGCCCUUGCUGGACUUAUGUGCUGCUUGUCAUUAUUGCCAUGCAACGACCAAGAGGAUGAUUCAUCUGAAAAGAAAACAGCUGGAAAAAGGUUAUUGCAUGGGUUUGAGCAGGAUGUGAAUGCAAGUUCUUCCGGAUACGCUCUUGUCCUGGAGAAAUUAAAGGAUCUGGUGCCAGUUUUGAUCAAUUGCCUCAGGGAGAUUUUAUCUGUGGUUAAUUCGAUGCCUUCACUGGAGUUCCAAUCAUUUGAUUGUAUGCUGUGCAUACUUCAGAGCAUAGAUCUUGCUGUUAAGUUUUUUAUUUCUAGGAUUGGUAAGGCCGAGUCUGAUUUACAAGCUACUCUUGGAGGAGCCACCUUGACCACAUUGGAUCAAGGUGUGGCAUCGGUUAUAUUGAAGAGGCUAUGUGUACUGUUUCCGCUGAAUGCAGCCCACUGUGUUUCGCAGAAGGACAGUGAUAGGUACUUCACUCUGAAUGUUGUGAUUGCCGACAUAUUUCUGAGCUGUAGCGAAUGGAUCUCUCCUCCCGAUGAUCUGUCAGAGAGAUUUCUUGAAUUUGUAGAAGUAAUGCUGCUUGGGAAGAUAAGUGACGAUGUAAAGAGUGAAGCAACAGUCAGCGACAAGCACUUGCUUCUCCCCUUUAUACCAAAACUUUUGGCGCAGGUUCCUAAUAAUUGGAAGUCUCGCCUUCUUCAGGCAUUUACGAGGGCAUUCAGAGAUUGCAAUCAUCAGUCUUCUCUGAAAUUGGCCUUCCUUUCCAUUGUCGAGGAAAUAAUGAUACCUGGACAAAACAUGAUAUAUUUAGAUGUGAGUGAUCCGGAACUGUUGGACCAUCAGAUUGCUUGGAUAAGAGAGCUUCCUACAUUGCUAGUCGUGCUGGGUGAAAAACAUCAGUCGGUUACCCAGGUGGUGUUACGUCUUAUUCUUCGCGUGGGACAAUCUGCUUCAUCAAGACCCGCCUUACAGUGGGAAUAUGAUAACUUACAAUAUGGACUUCAGGAUUUUUUCUGCGAAUGUCAGGAUGAGAGCAGUGUUAGUUAUGGACCAUUCAUAAGGCUUUCUCAAGAUUGUCAGGAACUUGCGGUUUGUUGCCUUUAUUAUUUCUCUCAUUUGGAUUCUGCUUUGCUGAAGGCAAUAGCCAAAUGCUGUCUAUGCAAUGAUCUGGAACCUUCAGUGUUAUUCCGCACGAUAGAGGUUCUUGAUUCAGCCUACACUGCUGGACAUAUAUGGAUAUCUGACAUCAUCAGUUUGUUCAUCACAUUACUUUCGCAUUUCAAAGUUUCUCCUGAUAAUAAUACCCUUUCAGUUAAAGAACACGAGCCAAAGAUUUCGAACUGCGGAACACUUAAAUUAUUGACGAGUGUUGUUUGCUCGUGCCUUAUGCAUAUUGGUGAUGAAUCUACAGUCCUUCAGAUGAUAGAGAAAGUGAUAAUUGAUCAGAUAAAAUUAAAACCAUUUCGUGACAAUGCAUGUGCCUUGCUCCGACUGCUUGUCACAUUGGAUUCUAAGCCAACCAGACUCUCUGAGCAGACUAUUGACAGUCUGGCCAGUUUUCUUGCUCUAUAUCUGAUUGAUCAUUUUUCUGUCGUAAUCCCCAACAUUUCAGGAGAUGAUGAUGAAGCUGCUGUUGCUGUUCUUGAGCGCAUGACCCAUUAUUAUGUCAUACCUUGCUUAUUCUUGUUUGAUCGAAGUCGCAAACUUCUGAAACUAGUUUUAAACAAGAUGGAAUCAUUGAUAUCUGAUAGGAGUUCAUUGUCUUGUUCCGAAAAUGGUAGCCAUUGGACAGAUCAUUCAACUAAUGUUAUCACCAUUGUUUAUGUCCUUCAAAUGAUGCACAAGGACUUUAAGAUUCGACAGAUUCUAUCUUCGUUCAAGGCAGAGAUUGAAUGCAUGCUAAGAUCAUUACAGGCUUUAGUGGAAAAUAGUACAACCUUGGAGGAAAGACACAAACUACAGUGUGCAUAUGUUCGAGUACAUAGGAUGUUGGGUAAUCUGCAAGAAGGGACGCCUUGCUUGUUGUAGAUAAUGGAACAUGCAUUAGCAGCGCUUCUCCUGAUGGUGAAGCAAAAAAGACUGAAAGAAUACAAGUCGCCGACCGGUCGAAAGCGGAGUCUUGACCAUCGCUUGGAAACAAAUUGUUCAAAUUCGUGCUGAUCUAAGCUUUGUCUGCUCGCGCACGGGGGAGGGCCCCUGUUAUGGAGAGGAGAGCUCGCUGCAAGUUCUUGGCAAUGUUCCCAUGGGAAAUAUCGUUCUGGAUAUGAAAUUUUGUAGCUCGAGUCAUUAGGCAAUUUCCUUUGUUUUUGUGCUUUUCAAUUUUCUCAUAUUUAUAUGUGGGAAAAGGAAAGUUUGUAUGUGCGAAAUUAGCUUCUAAUUUUAUAGUAGCAGCAUCUGUUUUCCUAAA